AUGUCCAAACCGAGCGAAUGCCGUAGGGUUGAUAGUAAUGAAUUACCUCGUGAAGAAAAAUCAGAGAUCUACAAGAAUCAAACACUUACUCGUCAGAAAGAAAGCUCGUGGCAGGAUCCGGACUAUUUUGAUAGUGCGUGGAAGGAAUACACGUUUGUGAUAUCUGGUAUGGUAGCACAACUUUUGAAUCAAGCAGGAAGCACAAUGACUUUGCCACUAAUAAAUGUUUUAUCCAAAGAGCUAAAUACACAAGAACACAGUGAAUCAUGGCUUAUGGCUUCCUUCCCCCUUGUUUCUGGGUCUUUCAUUUUAGUGAGUGGAAGAUUGGGCGAUAUCUAUGGUUUAAAAAAAACACUACUUUUCGGUUAUAUCAUUUUAAUAGUUUGGUCACUGAUAUGCGGUUUAACUAACUAUUCAAACAGCGGCAAAUUUUUCAUCGUCAGUAGAGCAUUUCAAGGCUUUGGUAUAUCAUUUAUUCUACCGAAUGUUUUGGGAAUAGUAGGAAAUAUAUAUAAGCCAGAAACUAAAAGGAAGAACAUGGUUAUUAGCUUAAUUGGGAUGUGUGCACCUCUAGGCGCUACCUUGGGAACGUUUUUUUCCGGCUUAAUUGUAGUAAAAUCAGAAAGGAAUUGGCCUUGGACAUUCUAUGCGUACACAAUAGCAGCAACGAUCAAUCUUUUCAUCAGUUAUUCUGUAAUUCCUAAUAAUAUACCCACUAAUACUCACGGAUUUUCUAUGGAUUGGAUUGGCGCUGCUAUUGGAAUUUCGGGAUUAAUUCUGUUCAAUUUUGUGUGGAAUCAGGCACCUAUUGUGGGAUGGGAUGUGGGCUAUAUAAUCGCCCUCUUAAUUGUUUCUGUGUUCCUGAUAAUAGGUUUUUUUGUCUUCGAAUUGAAUGGGGUCAAAGUUCCUUUACUUCCUGAAGAGGUAUCUUGCAACCGAGCAAACAUAAUGAUUCUGGGUUCAAUGUUUCUAGGUUGGGGCUCAUUCGGAAUUUGGACAUUUUACUACUUUCAAAUUGUGUUGAACCUUAGACAGUAUUCUCCAGUGUGGGCGGGAGGUACUUACUUCAUGUUUGCAAUUUGGGGGUGUAUUGCAGCAUUGACUGUUGCGUUCUCCAUCAAACGUGUUGGACCAGCAGUUCUUUUACUAUUUUCACUGAUAGCUUUUGAUUGUGGGUCAAUUAUAUUGAGUGUGACGCCUGUACACGAAACAUACUUCCGCUCUUGUUUGGGCGCAAUGAUUAUAUUAUCAUUUGGAAUGGAUCUUUCUUUCCCAGCAGCAUCAAUCAUAUUAAGCGACGAAUUACCUAUGCAAUAUCAGGGAAUGGCUGGUUCUUUAGUAAACACUGUAGUAAAUUAUUCAAUGUCACUUUUUCUCGGAAUUGGUGGAACGGUUGAACGUCAAAUCAAUAAAACAGGGCUUGAAUUAUUGAAAGGAUAUAGAGCUGCUUUAUAUUUCGCUAUUGGUUCUGCAUCUCUAGGAGUAUUGAUUAGUGGAAUUUUCGUCAUGGAGAGGAUUUGGAAGCAUAAUAGAGUUAAGAAAGCUUCACAGCAAAGUGAUUCAUGGGGAACUGACUAA